CUUACUCUGCCCUAUCGCUCUCCUGUUGAGCAGACACCGUGGAGUUGGUGAGAGAGCUGGUUACCAUGCCGUCCAGAGACAGAGUCAAAGCUGUACGAGGCCUUCCUGUAAGUCUGGGGGAGCGCAGAAACAUCAGGUGCCGUGUCUUAGCAGAGAAGUUCUCCAGGAGGAGUCUAGAGAGAACAAGCUGCACUGACUGUUGGGAGCAGAUCUCACUGUCUGUUCGUAGGUGCAGCAGUGUGGUGUUUUUCAGACAGUCUCUCUCUCUGUGGCGCGGUUCUCUGAGGGAGAUCAGUGGAAGGUUUGGUUCUGCUGUCCUCUGCUACUUCCUGUUUCUAAGAUGGCUGCUCCUCUUCAACCUCCUCUCUUCCCUCCUCAACCUCUCCUUCAUCACGUUGCCAUGGGCGCUGCUUGGCACCGACACUCAGGGCGCCGGGGCAACUGCCGGGUUCAGGGGACUGGAGCUCCUCACUGGAGUGGGGUGGUUCAAUGUGUCCAUGCUGUACUAUGGUGUCUACAGGAGUAACAGUGUGCUGAGUGGAGGCCAGUCUAGUUAUAACAUCCAGCUAGCUUACCUCUUUACCAUCACCUCCUACAUGCUGCUCUGUGGAGCCUCAGUCACAUACAGCAUGGCAGGGUGUCUCCAGACUGGUGUUGUGGCGUCAGGUGUAGCGGCUCAGAGACCUGGCUCUCUGUCUGGAAGAGGAGAUGACUACUGGAGACUGUUGUGUAGCUGGGACUUCUCUCUGCUGCACCACGCGGACAUACACACACACAGGACCAACCUGCUAGUACAUCUAAAGGAGUCUCUAAGGGAGAGCAGAGUGGAGAGAGAGCUGUCUGUGUCAGACAAGAUGAGGGCCUGUCUGGUCCGUCUGGCUGUCUGGCUUCUGUCUGUCUGUCUGGCUACUGGGGCCUGUGUGGCUGUCUACUACCUCUGUCAGCACAACCUGCAGUGUGUGGUAACGUCCCCCAGUCCAGAGGAUGUCCUGACGGAGGCCUGGUCUCUGCUGCUGCCUGUAGCAGUGUGUGUCCUCAACACCUUCAUAUCACUACUCUACACACACACACACAGACUGGAGCGCUACGAUAGCCCACGUACACGCGUCUACGUCACGGUGCUCAGGAAUGCGAUGCUGAAGGUGUCUAUCCUAGCCGUGUUGUGUUACUACUGGUUAGCGCUGGUCCCCGGCAACGUCCCGUGCUGGGAGUCGUAUGUUGGUCAGGAUGUGUACCGGCUGGUCAUAGUGGACUUCAUCUUCUGUCUGCUGGGAUCCUUCUGUGGAGAAUACCUCUACAAUGUGAUUGCCACCAGGUGUGUUGUGAAGCCGGCAGAGUUUGACGUGGCCAGGAACGUUCUAGAUCUGAUCAACGCUCAGACCCUGGCCUGGAUAGGGGUGUACUUCUCUCCUCUCCUCCCUGUCGUUCAGCUCAUCAAACUCUUCCUAAUCUUCCACCUAAAGAAGACCAGUAUAAGGAGCUGCCAUCCUCCCAGCUCCUGGAGUAGGGUGGGUCAGAUGCAGACCCUCUUCAUCUCCCUCCUCUUCCUCCCCUGUUACCUGGGGACUCUGGCCCUGCUGGCAUACACACUCUGGAGAAAAUGGGGGUCAUAUUAG